CCUCCUCGAGGGACAAACUUCAUAUCCCAGGUUGUCCCGAGACAGGUCCCGGGGCGGAGCUCCAGGGCUCCUGCUGUUGCGCUUGCGCCUGUUUGUGGUCGAGGAUGGGCUGGCUGUGGGUCCGGGUCCCCCCGCUGGUGUUGCGGCCGGCGGGCCACGCUGGGUCGGAUUGAGUCUGGGCGCCGAGCUGGAGGGGCUGGCAGUGAAGGGCGGCGGAGGCUGCGGGGCUGGAUUUAGCUAAUCGGAGAGGCGGCAGGUAAGAGCAAAGCCGCGGCUCUUGCUCGCCAUCCUGGUCCCUUUUUCUGAGGUGGGGCCCUUUCCUGGAGCCCUGUGGAGUCCCCGGGUUCCUGCUCUCUUUGCUCCGCCCUGCAGGGCCGUGCCCUUCGCUGGCUCGGCCAAGCGCACCCUCCGGGCAGCGGUAACGAGCGGAGCAGGAAGGCCAAGCAACCCAACUCGCUCAUUUCAUGGAUUUGGAAAUUCAGAUCCAGAGACAGGAUUUUACUUGUUCAAAGUCUCGAAGAUAGUUCAAGGAGCCAUGCGGGGCCAGCGGAGCCUGCUGCUGGGUCCAGCCCGCCUCUGCCUGCGCCUGCUUCUGCUCCUGGGCUAUAGGCGCCGCUGCCCACCUCUGCUCCGGGGCCUGGUACAGCGCUGGCGCUAUGGAAAGGUCUGCCUGCGCUCUCUGCUCUACAACUCCUUUGGGGGCAGUGACACGGCUGUUGACGCUGCCUUUGAGCCUAUCUACUGGCUGGUGGACAACGUGAUCCGCUGGUUCGGGGUGGUGUUCGUGGUGCUGGUGAUUGUGCUGACUGGCUCCAUCGUGGCCAUCGCCUACCUAUGUGUCCUGCCCCUCAUCCUCCAAACCUACUCAGUGCCACGACUCUGCUGGCAUUUCUUCUAUAGUCACUGGAAUCUGAUCCUCAUCGUCUUCCAUUACUACCAGGCCAUCACCACUCCGCCUGGAUACCCACCCCAGGGCAGGAAUGACAUCGCAACUGUCUCUAUCUGUAAGAAGUGCAUUUAUCCCAAGCCGGCCCGAACACACCACUGCAGCAUCUGCAAUAGGUGUGUGCUGAAGAUGGAUCACCACUGCCCCUGGCUAAACAACUGUGUGGGCCACUACAACCAUCGGUACUUCUUCUCAUUCUGCUUUUUCAUGACUUUGGGCUGUGUCUACUGCAGCUACGGAAGCUGGGACCUUUUCCGGGAGGCUUAUGCUGCCAUUGAGAAAAUGAAACAGCUCGACAAGAACAAACUACAGGCGGUUGCCAACCAGACUUAUCACCAGACACCACCACCCACCUUCUCUUUUCGAGAAAGGAUAACUCACAAGAGUCUCGUCUACCUCUGGUUCCUGUGCAGUUCUGUGGCACUUGCCCUGGGUGCCCUAACUGUAUGGCAUGCUGUGCUCAUCAGUCGAGGUGAGACUAGCAUUGAACGGCACAUCAACAAGAAGGAGAGAUGUCGGCUACAGUCCAAGGGCAGAGUAUUUAGGAAUCCUUAUAACUACGGCUGUUUGGACAACUGGAAGGUAUUCCUGGGCGUGGACACGGGAAGGCACUGGCUUACCCGGGUGCUGUUACCUUCUAGUCACCUGCCCCAUGGGAAUGGAAUAAGCUGGGACCCCCCUCCCUGGGUGGCUGCUCACUCAGCUUCUGUGAUGGCAGUGUGAACUGGAGUGUGUCAGCCGUGACUAGCAUUCAUUCUGCUUCCUACAUUGUCUCAAGGACCUCCAAGGGCAGUUUUUCUUGGAAUCUUUGAACAAGAGCCAGUGGGCCUUCCUUAGGAUCCCAUGCAGGGAUAACUCAAGGACCAACCUGCUGGCUACUGCAGAAACAGGGCAUGAUGUGGGGAAAUCCUGGGACUGAUGUCCCUUUACUCAGGCAAACAGAAGUUCCAGCCCCAGACGGGCUGUUAGGCAGCUAGCCAGCUUGCCCAGUGCUGACCACAACCUCCUCCGGGUUACGGCACUGGGCUUGGCCACCACCUCUCUCACUUGCUGUCUAAGAAAAUACCUGAAUGGUACAGUGAGAUCCUGACUUCUCAACAGGGCAAAGGUAUCAGGCUGCUGCUGAGGUUACUGCCACUUCUCAUGUGCUGGUGAAGGGUGCAAAAAUAAAGGUAUUGGAUUUUUAAA